AUGUCUGUGGACCCCUUAUCCAGCAAAGCUCUGAAGAUCAAGCGCGAGCUGAGUGAGAACACGCCGCAUCUGUCCGACGAGGCGCUGAUGGGGCUGUCGGUGCGCGAGCUCAACCGCCACCUGCGCGGGCUGUCGGCCGAGGAGGUGACGCGGCUCAAGCAGCGGCGGCGCACGCUCAAGAACCGCGGCUACGCGGCCAGCUGCCGGGUAAAGCGCGUGUGCCAGAAGGAGGAGCUGCAGAAGCAGAAGUCGGAGCUGGAGCGCGAGGUGGACAAGCUGGCACGCGAGAACGCCGCCAUGCGCCUGGAGCUGGACGCGCUGCGCGGCAAGUGCGAGGCGCUGCAGGGCUUUGCGCGCUCCGUGGCGGCCGCCCGCGGGCCCGCGGCGCUGGUGGCUCCCGCCAGCGUCAUCACCAUUGUCAAGUCCGCCCCUGCUCCCGCCCCCGGCCCGGACCCCGGGCCCGCCCCGGGCCCCGCCCCCUGCUCCUAG